AUGGAUAGCUACUCCCUCCUUUACAGUUCCUCCCACAGAACAGGACUUCUCUCCGGGUUCCAGCGCCUGCGUUCCCAGAGGAGGAUGUGUGAUGUCGUCCUGGAGGCUGGCGGCGUGUCUUUCCCCUGUCAUCGUGCCCUUUUGGCCAGCUCCAGCGACUAUUUUUGGGCUUUGUUUGGAGAGACAACCGCCGAGAGAUUAGCGUGUUCCAUUAGCCUACCGGUGCUAACGCCUGAGGGUUUAGACGCCAUUCUGGACUUCCUGUAUUCCGGAUGGUUAAAUGUUUCACAGGCUACACUUCCUGCCGUCUUGGAGGCAGCCAGGUAUUUGCAGGUGGAACCGGCUGUGUCAAUAUGUGAGCAAUUUAUUAUUGAUGGCCUGAAUGCAGAGAAUUGUUGUUGCUAUGCUAACCUAGCCGAGCGGCACGCGCUCACAGAUGCACUUGAAGCUGCAAAUCAAACCGUCGCAGUAGAGAUGGGGAAAUUGCUGAAGGAAAGACAGGAAGACCUUCUCAGGCUGAAUAUCCAAUCACUGAUGGCGGUGCUCGAUGCUGACGAUAUUCCUGCUGUGAAGGAGGCAGAGCUUAUAAAGUUGGCUCUGGAUUGGCUGGAUGAAAAUGGACCCAUCCCUCUGUUGAAAUCAAACCUCCUGCUGAGUCAUCUACGCUUUGGAUUGGUUGCUUCGUCUGAACUGACUGAUCUUAGCCACGCCCACAAAGCCAUGGCCACACCGCUAAUCAGAAGUCAGCUGACUCGGGCGCAGGAGUACCAUAGGAUGGGCUCAGCUCAGCCAAUUAAACAGAGCAGACAGUCCACCCUGAGAGCGUCGCUCAGUCGUGUGCUUCUUGUCGGCGGAGGAUCCAGCCCUGAUUGGCCGGAGCAGCAGUUGCUAGCGUUCGAUCCGAGAAGCAGGAGGUUUUCAUCUCUGAGUUCCAGCCUCCCGCUGCGACUGAGAAGUCACUGCGUGUGCUCAGUCGGAGAUUUCCUCUUCGUGAUGGGCGGAGAAGAAGUGAAGGACGGAGACGAGGAUGGAAAAAAGUCUGUCAACGUGGCAACAUCCAACCAGGUGUGGCGCUACGAUCCUCGCUUUGACCAUUGGAAAAAGAUGGAGUCCAUGCUGGAGAGGCGGGCGCAGUUCACCUGCUGUGUGGUUGAGGAUGUUAUUUACGCUAUUGGUGGACGACACAAACGACUGGACAACAAUGCGCAAACCUCUGUAGCAUCUGCUGAGUUUUACGACAUGGCAACAGGAGCUUGGCGGAGAGUACCAGCAAUGCCUCGCCCACUUUAUGGCCAUGCUUCUGCUGUGCUCGACAACGCCAUCUAUGUGUCAGGUGGUGUUGCAGGACACCAGGAAAGCAGUACCUGCACUGAUUACCAGUACGACCACAGAGAGAGCAGCAAAGAAUUCCUUUUCUGGGAUCCCAAUGGUCGAACCUGGGAGAAGAGAGCGCCCAUGUCCAUUGCCAGAUUCGGGCACCGCCUUGCAACCGCCCAUGGGUACAUCUACGCCCUGCUGGGAAUGUACGAGCCUUUCUGCGAUAUCGAACAAUACGAUUCGGUGUCAGACCACUGGACCCGCCUUCGACCGCUUCUCAUUGGCUCCUUCAACUACGGGAUGGUGACGACGUCGUCUGGGAAUCUGCUGGUGUUCGGAGGGAGGAAAUGGAGCGACGGGCAGGAGGUGAUUGUGAGGAGUGUGUUGGAGUACGAUACGAAGAAAGAUCGCUGGAGGGAGAUCUGUCAGCUCCCAAGACCUCUUACUGGGACUGAAUGCACCCUGCUGCCUCUACCGGACUGA